CGCGCACUCGCUUACAAACACGCACUUCCCUCCACACCCACAAGCAAUCAUGCAGUAGAAUAUCUCAAGGUUUAUACUUAUUAAAUCCCCGUUUCUACAACAGAUUUAUCGCCUACAAGCAACGGAAAUAAAGCCACCAGUCCCUCUGCACAGUGAAUGCACCGGCAGACCUUGAUUCCUCUGGUACACUUUAGUCACUUAUAACACGCACGGUUCUCCAGCACUUUAUAAGGAGGUCGUGUCCGGUGCUCCUAGAGAGUGCAAGGGGAAGGUGUUUUACAGCUCAGGAAGCCCUUGAGGAUGAUCAGCAGAGCAGUCGUGGGAACAGUUCGGAGGAUAUCAUCGACACCGUCAUUCCAUAACAGAAGAGGUGAACCCUUACAUAAAAUGUCUUCUAAUGGAGCAGUUGAAUCGGCCAUAAAGAAAAAGCUGGUCGAGGCUUUUCAACCCGUCCAUUUGCAGAUCGUUAACGAGUCCUUUAUGCACAAUGUCCCACCUGGCUCGGAAACACAUUUCAAGGUCCUUGUUGUUUCUCCAACCUUUGAAAAUGUUCCUCUCAUUAAGCGCCACCGCCUUGUGAAUGCAGCUUUAAGUGAAGAGUUAGCAUCAGGAGUGCAUGCUCUUUCCAUUGUGGCACGCACACCAGACCAGUGGGAAAAAGGCUCUCAGGAGGUAGAACGAAGUCCUGCUUGUCGAGGUGGCUUUGGAAAAUGAAGCUUGUUCUUAAAACUGGAAAAACUAGAAAAGUAAGAAAUGUGUUCUAGUGGCAUGGAAGAUGUGAUAGUAUUGAAUUGCUUAAAAUAAGCAAAAAUAAGGUUACCAUUAUCGUUUCCUUGAAAAGGAGACACACAGGCUAUGGAUUUGUAAUGCUGCAUAAAGCACUCCAAAGGAGGCACUAAACCAUACAUGUAAUCUCAAUUUAUCUGAAUUUUGUUCCAAUUGAUGAUAAGUUGUGAUCUAUAUUAAUGUAUAUAAAAGUUACCAUUAGUGAUGGUUUACAUUUUUGGCAGCUAAAGGACAGAAUUCAUAUCUACAUUGUAUAGUGUUAUAUAAAUUUGUUGUGGUGACUUUUAAGAUUUCAGCAUUCAUUGGUUGGAUCUGUGAAAAGAUUUCUUGUUUUUUUAAGAUUUUCAAAAAUCAAGGAAAUAUUUGCAACUUUUUUUUUCAAACAUCAAAGGAAGUUAUAUUUUUGAAUAUGAAUUUGGAUGUAUUAUAUUUUAUAUGCAGACAUAAAUCAGAAAUACAUCUUUAUGUUAAAACAG